CAGCAGAGCAGCACUCCACAGACUAAGCUGGGCUCUGCAGGGGAUACGACACAAUCAUGCUGCUGGUGUUGAGAACUCUCCUGGUGCUGGGCCUUGCCACGCUGUUGCACGCUGCAAGGAAAGGCCAGGCACUUUCCUUGAAGUCGGGUAAGGGUAUCAAAUUGAAGGGCAAGACAGUGAGACUGGUCCUGGAUUCCUCAGUGCAGUCCCAGAUUGCCAGCAUUUCUGCCUCUACCAUCGCUAAUAUGUCUCUGUCACCAUGGACGUACAGAGACUCCUAUGUGGAAUCUCGGUUGCCUCGGCAGAUUUCUCAUGCUCAGUGCCUGACCUCUGGCUGUCUUAGCCUGCAGGGGGGAGGUGAGGAUGUAGCCCUGCAGGCCAAACCUAUCUACUACCAGGUGCUGGUCCUCCACAGAGUCCAAAGACAACAGCCCGCUAAGAAAGGAGGGAGGAAGAGGAGGAUGAAGUAUGACUUCAGACUGGGGACAGAGUUGAUCACAGUGGGCUGUACCUGUGUGCUGCCCAGUGUUGUCCCACAGCAGUAACACACAGGACACUUCUCAUGUUAGCAGCUGUGUCACCAUUCUAUACAUGUUGCUUUUAUCACUUUAUUACUCAAACGUGUGAAGCAAUAUUGUCUUAAGUUAUCACUGAAUCAAAUAACUGUGUAAUGUAUUCUACACACAUAUAUUGCUGUGCCACAGCAAACUGCAAAGACCUGUGUUUCUUUCUGACCCCUAGUGGUGGAAAAUUCUUACUGCAGUUUUAACCUGUCCGGUGUUUGGCAGACACAUUAACCAUGUGUCAUUUUCUCAGGGCAACUGAGUCAUGAAAGGCCUGUUGAUGGAAAUGCAUAUUUUUACAUGCUGAAAUUUUUUAUUUUUUAAUAUAUAUAUUUGUCUUAUCUUAUUUCUCUUAUGUAUCAUGGUUAAUUUGAAUC